CAGAGCAUCAACAGAACAUCUAAUAAAUGUGUGGAUCAUUUUUAAUUAGCAGUUACCACACGGUUGUCCACAUGUUCGUCCCCGCUGCUCCUCGUCAUGUUGUUCCUGUCUCCGCUUGGAAGAAGCUCCGGAAGUGGAACAUUCCAAAUAGAUCGACACAGAGGGGAGGAGUGGAAUGUACCAAGUCACGGAAACCUUUGGCAACGCCAAGACGAUUCGAAACGACAACUCCAGUCGCUUCGGGAAAUACGUGGACAUCCACUUCAACAAGAGAGGAGCUAUCGAAGGAGCCAUGAUCGAGCAGUACCUGCUGGAGAAGUCUCGAGUGUGUCGACAGGCUCCAGAUGAGAGGAACUACCACAUCUUCUACUGUAUGUUGAAGGGCAUGUCUCCAGAAAUGAAAGCCAAGCUGGGACUGGGCCUCGCCACAGAUUAUGCCUACCUCACUAUGAGACGAUGUCCAGGGACGAGGACCAGCCACAACAUCCAGGGACGAGACGACCAGGGACGAGACGACCAGGGACGAAGACCAGCCACAACAUCCAGGGACCAGAGAGGACCAGGGACGAGACGUCCAGGGACGAAGACCAGAGACGACGUCCAGGGACGAAGACCAGAGAGGACGUCGAGGGACGAAGACCAGAGACGACGUCCAGGGACGAAACGACCGGGGAUGAGACAAUGA